AUGCAAUCCAAGCUGUACCUCUUUUCAGUGUUUGCCGCAUUCGCUGCGGCAUCCACGACUAACAGCCACCAUCUCCCCAAGCGGCCAAGCAUUAUACCUGCCCCGUAUGACUCUGGAAAACCAAUGCCGUGUUCACCGGCACGAGAACCCAAACGCUUCUGUUUUGUUCAGCCGGGGACAGCCCCAGACCGCGAUGACGCAGCACACAUCCUUGACUCUUUCCACAAGUGUAAUGAUGGCGGUACAGUCGUGCUCGAUCAAUCUUACCUUAUAGGUUCACCUCUUGAUCUGACCUUUCUCAAACACAUUGACGUCGUCAUCACUGGCGAAAUACACUUCGACGCCAGUGACGUCUACUAUUGGGCGGAGAAUAGUUUCAAAUACGACUUUCAGAAUCAGUCUGUAUACUGGAAAUGGGGUGGUGAGGAUGUGAAUAUUUACGGCGACCUGAGCAGGGAGAAGAGCGUUAUCGAUGGACAUGGUCAACCUUAUUGGGAGGAGAUUCAGACCAACAAAAGUUGGUUCAACAUCAUCGCAAACAGUAGCGACAUCCUCAUCAGUAACAUGGAUCUGCGAGCAGAGAGUCUGAACGACGUCGAGAUCGCAAACUCCGAUGGCUGGGAUACUUACCGCUCAGAUCGCGUCGUCAUCCAAGACUCAUACAUCAUCAACACUGAUGACUGCGUUUCGUUCAAACCCAACAGCACCAACGUUGUCAUUCAAGGCCUAGACUGCACGGGUUCCCACGGGAUGAGUGUAGGCUCUCUGGGACAAUACGCUAAUGAGACUGAUAUUGUCGAGAACCUUUACAUCUACAACGUCUCUCUCACAAAUGCUAGCGACAGCGCGCGUAUCAAAGUGUGGCCCGGUAUUCAAACAAGCUUCCAGACGCUGCUGAACGGCGGCGGCGGUCUUGGACGCGUUAGGAAUGUUACAUACGACACAUUUCGUGUUGAUAACAACGACCGCGCGAUUACAAUCACGCAGUGCUAUGGGCAAAAGAACCAAACGCUGUGUUCAGAACAUCCGGCAAAUUUGACCAUCUCCGAUAUUACUAUCAAGAACAUGUAUGGAACUACAUCUGGUAAAGAAGAUCCCGAAGCAGGUACCUUGGUUUGCAGCGCGUCGGAUCGAUGCAGUAACAUACGUGCCGAGAAUAUCACCGUCCAAGUACCUAGCCGAGAGCCGCCGGUUUAUGAAUGCAGAAACGUCGAUCCGAACCUGCUGGAUAUCAGUUGUAUGGCGACCAACGAGACAGAAAGGGACACCACGCAGGGCUGA